AUGCGGGCUAAAGUCCCCAGAAAAUUUAAAAGCCCUGACAUGAACCUAUAUGAUGGAACAACCGACCUGAAACAUCAUUUGAGCAACUUUAAGAGCCGAAUGUACUUAGCAAACGCCUCAGAUGCUACUUCCUGCAAAGCCUUUUCGACAACAUUGACCAAAGCCGCCAUGAAGUGGUUCGACAGCUUACUCCCGAGGUCGGUAUCCAAUUUCGAUGAUAUCUUGCACAAAUUCCUUACCAGAUUUUCCAUCCAGAAAGAUAAGGUCAAGCACGCACCCAGUCUACUCGGUGUGAAACAGGAGGUCGAAGAACCCCUAAGGAAACACAUGGAAAGAUUUAACAAAGUAUGCUUGGAGAUUCAAGACCUGCCCACUGAGGCGGUAAUAAUGGGACUCGUCAAUGGUCUCCGAGAAGGACCUUUCUCUCACUCUAUAUCAAAAAGACAUCCAACUUUCUUGAACGAUGUACAGGAGCAAGCUGAAAAGUACAUCAACAUGAAAGAAAAUGCCAGAUUACGAGAACCAAACUGGCGACUUGGGAACCCUCACCAGUCAAAGGAAAAUGAGAGGGAGCCUAAGAGGAAAGAAGAAGUUGGACCCGAGAAACCCAAAAGGUAUCACAACUACACCCCGUUGAGGGUUUCCUGUGUAGAUGUAUACAGGGAAAUUUGCCAUAUCGAGAAGUUUCCUCCCUUGCGUCCAAUAAAAAAUAAAAAGGGUGGAAGUCGUAAUUAG